CAAGGUCUAGCCAACGGUUGGCUUGACAAAUAUCACCAACUUUGCCACGAACUGUCCAUCAUUUUUUUGACUACCAUUGACUUUACUCUCGCUCGCCCAUUCGGCAUACCAUCUAAUAUGGGCUCCAUCGAGGAAAAGGAAUUGCCUCUCGAAACCAAGGUUGCCGAUAGCCAGGUUGAAGCCCGCGAUGACCACUAUAUCGACCCAGCCAAGCAGGUCAAGCUGCUGGCAAAGCUAGACCUAUGUCUUAUCCCAGUCAUUAUGCUCGUCUACCUUUGCUGCUUCUUGGAUCGUUCAAACAUUGGCAAUGUCGGGGUAGCUGGUAUGCCAGAGACCAUUGGUGCAAGUCACUCGCAGUUCUCCAUCGCUGUAUCCAUCUUCUAUGCUACCUACGUUACAUUUGAGACGCCAUCUGCCCUCCUCUUGAAGAAAUUGACGCCUCGUUAUGUUAUUGCCGGGCUGUGUGUUAUCUGGUCACUCGCUACCAUUUUCUCCGGCUUCAUCCAAAAUGUUGCUUCUCUGUACGCUACGCGAUUGAUUCUCGGCGCCUGCGAGGCUGGUCUAUUUCCCAGUCUGAACCUGUACUUGACGAUGAUAUACCAGAGAGACGAGCAAGCAAAGCGUGUUUCGUACUUGUUUGUCUGCGCCGCACUUUCUGGUGCCUUCGGCGGUCUCCUUGCGUAUGUCAUCCUGUUCAUGGAUGGCCUUGGCGGCUUUGAAGGGUGGAGAUGGAUCUACAUUAUCGAGGGUCUGUUCAGUGUGAUCUGUGCUGUAGUUGUGUACUUCGGUCUCCCAAACGAUCCAGGGAAUGCCUACUUCUUGAGCAAGGAGCAGAAGGAGUUUAUGGCUAUCCGACACGAGAGGAACAAGGCCUACAGCGGCAGUGGAGAAUUCAGCUGGAAGGAGGUUAAAAUAGCCGCCACAGACCCAAAGGUUUAUGUCAGCGGCGCCAUUCAAUUUUGUCAAGAUAUCCUUCUGUAUGGCUUCAGCACCUUCUUGCCAGCCAUUCUCAAGGAGAUGGGACAUUCGACGCUCCAGACCCAAUACCUCACGAUCCCCGUUUAUAUUUUCGGUGGUAUCUGCUUCAUGAUUUUCGCCUACAUCUCUGACCGGAUGACUCUCCGUAGUCCAUUCAUCUUCUUUGCCAACAUCUUUGGCAUCAUCGGCUACCUUCUACUCCUAUUCGUAUCCAACAACAGCGUCAAGUUCUUCGCCACCUUCUUGUGCGCCAUUGCCGUCUACACAGGCCCAGGUCUCAACGUCGCAUGGCUCAACGUCAACAUUGCGCCGCAUUACCGCCGCGCAACCGCUAUCGGCAUGCAACAGUCGAUGGGUAAUACUGCCGGAGUUGUGGCCGGACAAAUCUACAGAAAAGCACCCUACAAGUUGGGCCACGGAUUCUCGUUGGGUAUCCUCUGUUUGUCGCAGGUGCUGAUUGUGGGCAAGGCCGUUUAUAUCAAGAGGUGCACGGCCGAGAAGGCGAAGAUUGCAAGCGGCGAGAUGGAGGAUACGAGGAAGGUGAAGACUGGAGACUGGGAGUUGGAUUUCAAAUACCAUAUUUAGAUAGUUAUAUAAUUACGAAUAAAUGUUUAUAGCGAAGAGAAUGGCUACAGG